UUUAAAAUUUUGGUCAAUUAUCGAAUGUUCAUCUUUUUUGCCAGUACUUUCCCGAAAGCUCAUCAAGUAUUACAUUAUUAAUUCCGACAUUCGGCGAUCAAUAUCCAUUUAUUGAAUAUUUAAAAUCAAAUUUGGAAGAAUAUUUUGAAGAAGAAAUAUCACAAAAUGAACUGGAAAUGAGAAAAGACGAAACGGAUGAAAAACGUGAAAUGAGUAUAAACACGUUACGAGAAGAAGAGCAACUAGAACGGACGAUGGCAUUGAAUGGUCGAAUAAAAACUCGUAUGACAAAAAAAACCGAACUGUCACCGCAACCAGAAGACGUAUCAUCAUCUUUGAUAUCUGAACCUAAAUCCGCGAUCGAAGAACGAAAGCGUGAAGAAGAAGUUUAUCAUCCAAAAACAAUUGGAGAAACUUAUGAUUUUAGAGAAAAUUUGUCCCAAGCAGAAGAGGAUGGUAUUAAACAGAUACUUGAUCAAAUGACGGAAACAGAACGAGAUCUUUUAAAAGAAAAUGUUCGUCGAGCACGAGAUAAUAUUGUCGCAUGGUUAAACCGAACCAUUCAGAAUAAUAAAUUACAAGCAAUUAGUACAGCAAACAUUGAAAAUUUAGAACAAGAAUUAAAUGACGAAAGUAAGAAAACUAUAACGUAG